AUGAAGCGCCUAGGAAGCAGCGCAUGGGGCCCGCGAUGGCGACGCGCGUCUACAACCAGCAGCAGCAGCACCAUCACCAUCACCACCUGGACGACAAGAGCGCAUCGUCAUGGCGAGCUGCCGUUGCAUCCGCCGCAUCCGCCGCAUCCGCCAAACAGACACGCCGAAACACGCGGCCACGGCUCGAGAUGGGCGUCGACGUCGGCGAGGCGGAGGCGGCCGCAAACCGCCAUUUUCUUUCCCGGCCAGGGCACCCAAAAGGUCGGCAUGCUGAACCCGUGGCUGGAGGCGUUCCCGUCGACGGCGACGGCCCUCGUCCAAGAGGUGGACCACUACGCCGGCUUCAGGCUCUCCGACGUGAUCCGAGACGGGCCCUCCAAGGUGCUGACGCAGACGACCAACGCGCAGCCGGCCAUCAUGGCGACGUCGAUUGUCAUCCUCAAGAUCCUCGAGCGCGAGUUCGGCUUCCGGGUGGCGGAGCAGUUUGACGUGACGCUGGGCCACUCGCUGGGCGAGUUCGCCGCCCUCGUGGCCGGGGGCUACAUGAGCUUCCAGGACGGGCUGUACCUGGUGGAGCGGCGGGCGGCGGCCAUGUCCGAGGCCACGCGGCGCGCGGUCCAGGAGCACGGCGGCCAGUACGGCAUGGUGGCCGUCGUCACCGAGCCCGAGUACCUGCGGGGCCUGGUGGCCGCCAUCCGCGACUUUGUCGGCCACUCGAGCGCGGGCAGCAAGGGCGACAGCAGCGAGGACGUGCCGCCCAUCGAGCAGGUGCUCAUCGCCAACGUCAACAGCAAGAACCAGAUCGUGCUGAGCGGCAACGUGGAGCGCAUCGCCACGCUCAUGGCCCACGUGCGCCAGUUCCUGGGCCACGACCCGCGCGCCGUGCGCCUGCGCAGCGACUGCCCCUUCCACAGCCCCAUCAUGAAGCCGGCCGUGGCGGUCAUGCGCGGCCUCCUGGCGGGCAGGUCGCGCGUGCCGGGCCGCGAGCGCGACGACGUCGUCCGCUUCCCCGGCCACCUGCCCUGCGUGAGCAACGUCACGGCCCGGCCGUUCCGGAGCAAGGACCAGCUGAAGGAGCUGCUGGCCCGCGGCUGCAUGGAGACGGUGCGCUGGUGGGACAGCAUCCGCUACCUGGACCAGCAGGAGAAGGUGCGGCGCUGGGUCGGCAUCGGGCCCGGCAAGGUCGGCCGCAACCUGGUGGGCAAGGAGGUGGGCAUGCGGGGCAAGGACUCGGUCAAGGGCGGCGGCGUGUGGGCCAUCACCGACCCGGCGGAUAUUGAGGACGUGCUGAGGGGGUUGGAGGAGACUUUGGGCAUAGCCGACGACGAGUAG